AUCACACUACUCGCUCCUCGGUUAUUCUUCUGUUGAUGCGCCCCUGACCCCAAACCCUUGCGCUCCUGCUUCUCUUCUCUUCGCCUUCUGCUUCUCUCUCUUCUUCCUCUUCUAUAUCCAUCUUCUACUCUGCAAUUCAACAAACCCUACCUCUCUCUCCUUCUGAUUCAUCCCUGACUUGACGCAUUUCACUUGCCGCCAAUCGAAGCUGUAUCUCAUUCCCCUGUUUUGCAUUCAUCCCCCAUCUUCUCUAGUUCUCCCCUUAUUUGAUCUCCCUGUCUCCGAAUUGGACCACCGGCAACUCAGUCUCGAUGGCUCACGGAAAGGUUAAUCUGCCUGAUGAUCUCUUCUCCUCCAGGACUGCUGAUGGGCAUUCCUCUCUCAAAGAUGAAGCAUCCGGAGGAGAUGGUGGGGAGAAAAGGAUUGUAGGGAUACCAGAUGAUUCGAAAGAUCAAGUGCCAUCAGACAGUGGUAUACCCUUAUCUCCACAGUGGCUUUAUUCUAAACCCAUUGAAGCGAAGAUACUAACUAACAACUCACCGGGGGCUAAUUCUACUGACCCCAUACUGAAAGAUAGUUGGCGUAUGGAUGGGUCUCAAGAUAAGAAAGAUUGGAGGAGAACUGCCCCAGAUGUUGACAUCAGUCGUCGCUGGCGUGAAGAGGAGAGAGAAACAAGCUUACUGGGGAGAAGGGAUCGGAGAAAAGAAGAUCGUCGUCCAGAGAUUACCUCAACUUCAGAGAACAGAGCCCUGCCUUCCUCUGAUCGCUGGCAUGAUGGUCGUGGCUUAGGUCAUGAUUCUCGGAGAGAGAAUAAGUGGUCAUCAAGGUGGGGUCCUGAAGAAAAGGAAAAGGAUUCUCGCAGUGACAAAAGGAGUGAUGCUGAAAAGGAAGAUGCUCAGGUUGAAAAACAGGCUUCUGGUGUUAGCAACCGCCUGGGUUCGGAACGUGAUGCAGAUUCUCGUGAUAAAUGGAGGCCACGCCAUCGGAUGGAAGCUCAAGCAAUUGGCAUGGCUACAUAUCGUGCUGCACCUGGAUUCGGGUUGGAGAAAGCACGUAUAGAAGGUUCCAAUGUGCGAUUUUCUCCUGGACGUGGAAGGGCCAAUUUCAAUGGCAACCUGCAAAUUGGAAGACCAUUCUUGGGCUCUAACUUGGUGUCCGCACCUUUGGAUGAUAGUAAAGUUGUGCUGGGGACAUCUAGUCUUGCUGUCAAUUCAUUUUGCUAUCCCAGGGGUAAGCUUCUUGACAUAUAUCGUAGGCGAAAGCUUGAUCCAACUUUUAAAAUCAUGCCCAGUGGGAUUGAGGAUUCUUCGCCAAUAACGCAACCUGGAUUUGAUGAGCCAUUGGCAUUUGUUGCUCCUGAUGCUGAGGAACAGGCUGUACUAAGAGAUAUAUGGGAUGGGAAAAUUUCCAACAGUGAAAUCUCCAGCUACUCCUCUGGAGAAAAGGAUGGAGGGUCAAAUAAUGAUAUUUCAGGUGCUGAUUUAACUAAAGGAAAACAAACUUUGUUAAUUGGCAUGGGAGGAACAGUUGAUUCAGGAAUUAAUGUCUUUAGUGAUUCUGAUGUAAUUUUGAUUGCAGCAGCAGCGUCAAAUUCUGAUGGUUCAUUGAAAAAUAUUGUUGAUGAAGUUGUAACUAUUAAAGAAGGAAAGAAGAAAGAUAUGCCUAGCCAUGGUGUACAUGAGAGAGAUGAGAACUAUGCCAGCAGCUGUAAGGUGGUAAGUGUUCAAAGCAAUAAUGUUGCUGAACCAGAAACUUAUGAUAGCCAUCAGGGACUGGUUUUGGCCCUUAAGACGCAUGCUAAUGGGAAUGCUGUCAAAUCAUCAGCUGCAUCAGAAAUCAGUAGUGAUCUACCUGAUGAUUCUCGCAAUCUUUUUGAAUUUUCAUCUCUGCACCAAACUCCAAGUAUUAAUCAACAAGACAUGAAGAUGAAUGAGAAGAUGCAUUUGCUUGAAAGUGUUGUUGCACCUGAGGACUUGAGUUUGUGCUAUCUUGACCCGCAAGGGGUAGUUCAAGGCCCCUUUCUUGGGAUUGACAUUAUUUCAUGGUUUGAACAAGGCUUUUUUGGCACAGACUUACCAGUUCGCAGGUCAGAUGCCCCUGAAGAUUCUCCCUUUCAAGAACUUGGUCAUGUCAUGCCUCACCUCAGAGCAAAGUCUGGUUCAGUUUCUGGUAGUGAUCUUAUUACUCAGUCAGAAGUAUUUGAUGCUACUGGAAGGAACCUGAAAGCUAAUGUUCAUGCUCUUGACUAUGAUGGGUCUAUCAUCAUAGAUGAUCAAGCUUGGGCUACAUCCCAACCUGAGACUAUGUCAAGUAUGGGUUUUCAGUCACAAAUACCUAUUCAAGGUUAUACCUCUGGAACCAAAUCCUCUGGUGAUCAAUACUUUAAUAGUUUUGUCACACAAGAUGAAGACAUUGCCUUAUCUAAAAUGGCUAGAAGCAGCAAUGAUAACCCUUUGAUGAGGCCUGCUGAAAUCGCCUCAUCUUAUACCAAUCUUUCUGGUCAACCUGUUGCACAUGAAGUUUCAGGGAGUGAUAUGCACGAGGCUGAUAAGCUGCAUCCCUUUGGCCUAUAUAUGUCUGAGCUCAGUGAUAGCUCUCACUUAAGACGUGCCCAGUCGUACAAUAUGUCGUCAAGAAUUGGUGAUCAGGGUCACUUUCUAGAUUCAUUAAUAGAUAGAGGUGCCCUUUUCGCUGAUCAAAGUUCUUUUGGUGGUAUGAUUGGUCAGCCUUCUAACAGGGAGACAUGGUCAGAUGAUUAUGGCUUAAACAGGCAUUUUAAUCAAGAUCGAUUUGUGGGUUCAUUAGAUGAGCAUUACAUGUCUCACAUGGGACAAAAAUAUGAUAACUUUGAUGUAGCAGAGCAUCUUUUGUUGCAAAAUCUGCAGAAGGAACGGCUUCAGCAGCAAGCUAGUCUGUCUAAUCAUUUCCCUGACCACCUUACUGGGUCAAAUUUAGAGAGAUUUUCAAGUUUCUCUCAUUCUCAAAACAAUAACACUGGCAUUCAGCAGAUGAUCCAUAAUUCAGGGUCAGAUUUGGAACACCUCAUGGAACUCAGACGCCAGCUUGAGUUUCAACAACAGCAAGAGAUGCACCAUCAACAACUUGUUCAACAAAUGAAAUUGCAACUACAGCAAGAGUCUCAAGCUAAGCAGUUGUUUCUUGAACAGUUGAGACACCCCCCUAUGCCAGAUUCAAAUUUGGGGACAUCAAAAGUUGAUCUUGCUAGAGAUAACUUGUUUGAUCAGGUUCAGUUGAGGAAACACAUUUUGCAUGACUUGCAGAAGAAUUCUUAUUCAAGGCAUCUUGACCCAUCAAUGGAGCAGAUUAUCCAAGCAAACAUGGCCCAUGCUGUCCAAGGAAGGCAAGCUGAUUUGUCAGACCUUUUGUUGCAAUCAAGGCAUGGGAAUAUCCUGCCUUCAGAACAGCAGCUUCAUUUUCAGCAAGAACAGUUGCGGCCGCAGCAGUUUGCUUUGGCACUUGGACAGCAGCCGGGUUUGGAAGGGGAAGGGCAUUUUGGGAGGUCUUGGUCAAUGAAUGAAACUGGACAAUUAUUAAGAAAUCCUGCAGCUCAUCAAGUGACUCACACAGCUGCAUAUAAUGCUUCAGAUUUCCAAAAACAGCAGCAGAGGCUUUUGCCACAGGAGGAGCAAUUGAGCUAUCUGGGCAGGAACCUCCCUGAGCAGAACCAGAGAGGGUUCUAUGACCCCAGUUCUGUGUUUGAGAGGUCUACACCUGCAUCUGCUGGUGCUCUGGCAAUGAAUUUUGAUAGUGCAGGUAAUUCUGUACAAGGAAGGGAUUUGCAAGAACUGAAUCGCUACAUGCGCCUCCCUAGUCACCUUGCUUCUUUAUCCUCUCAUUUACAAGCAUCUGAUGAACUUUUUGCGCAUAACACAGAUGCGUUCAAGGGUUUCUCUGUGAAUAAUGGGGAUUUGGAAAAUAGCUGGACUGAACAGCGGCUGGAACUGCAACACCUUGAAGGUGGGAGACAGAGAAGGGAGUUGGGAGUUACUAUUCCAUCAGCCGACCUAGACAUUUCUGCAUCUUCUGGAACUCAUGAACAGAUUUCAGCCCAAACUUUAGCAGACCUAAUUCAUCAAAAACUGGGUCUUCGAUCAGCACAACAAUCACAUGUUGAUAAAUGGCAUCCUCUUUCAUCAAGAAAUCAGGAUCAGUCCUGGCAAGUUUCUGAGGCGAAUUCAUUAAUUCAGCCCUUUGAUAUUCCACAAGAUCAGCAGAUCCAUCUGAAUGAUUCAUUUAUAGAUAGGUCUCAAAGUGCCAAUUCAAGUGCUCUAAUGCAAGAUCAUUUUAAAAGCAUGAACAUGACUGAGCAAUACAGUAAUUUAGGGAGCAAUGAAAGAAUGCCUUUCUGGUCUAGAUCUGGAUCAUCGGUAGAAGAGCAAUCGCUCUUCUCUGCUAACAGGGAUUCUUUAAAUCCUGGUUACAGAAAUCCUCUCCUACUAAGUAAGUCAGCUAUGGAAAACGACUUGCUUGAGUCAGAAACAAAUAAGGGGCAAAAGCAUGAAGUUAUAAGCACAAUGAGCAAGUCACUUUCCGGUGUCUCAGACUUCUCAGAACAAGUUGAAGGCACUAUGCAUCCUAUGGAAUUUCCUGUUAUGGCCCAUAGUAGGCAUAGCUCUCUAAGUAGUGCAGGUGGUGAUGGUGGAUUGUAUGUUCGUGAGUUAGUUUUAAAUAAUUCACAUGGGGACAAAAAUUCUAGUGACAGGACACUUCCAACUAAAGGGUCUGAUAAUGCUUUCCAUAAGCGCCCACCUGUAUCUCGAGUUUUAUCCUCUCCUGAUGUGCAGUCAGACCAACCAUCUGGAAUCAGUGCCAAUCAGAGCAACGUAAUAAAUCUUCUAGCCAGCGAUGGGAGACGAGAACCUCCAGGAAACCCAUCAAUCAGUAAUUUGACUGAUGCUCAGGCUUCUGGGAGAAAGGAAGUGCGGUUUAGGAGGACUUCCUCCUGUAGUGAAGGUUCUGUGUCAGAGACGUCUUUUAUAGACAUGCUUAAAAAGCCUGUUCUUCCAGAGGUAGAUGCGGCCAGCGGAAUUGGCGCCGAGUCUUCUGAUGGUGGAACCCAGGCAGGGCGGAGUGGUAAAAAGAAGGGGAAGAAAGGGAAGAAACAGCUCGAUCCUUCACUCCUUGGUUUCGUGGUAUCGAGCAACCGCAUCAUGAUGGGUGAGAUUCAUCGCCCUGAAGACUGAUAGGUUCUAGAUUAGUUGUUAAAUUCUCGCCAACCCAAACACACUUUUGGGAAAAGGGGCUCGGGCUAUUAUUGUAUAGCUUUCGUCAUAUUCCCUUUUUAAUGAUGUUUUCCACUGUGUACAGUCAUGAGAGUGUAUAUACGCGGAAGCCAGAGUCAUCGUGACGGAUUAGUUCAAUUUUUUUGGGAUAGAAGCAUAGAAUGAAAAUAGCAGUUACUCGCUCACUAUGUUCUGCAUUUUACCCUAGCCAUAUUCUUAAUAAUUCUUGUGCACAAAACUCGUUAGUA